AUGGAAGACAAUGAAUGGAGAGACCCACUUCUCAUAACUGACGUUUGUACUCAACUAGAACAACAUCAAGAACUCAAGUUUCAAGAUCCUUUAACCCAAUCGUACAGCUCGAGAAACUCAAUGAUGGUUGACCAUGAUGAAUAUAGCCCUAAUUUUUCUGAAGAUAAUUCCUGGAGAAAUGGUAGCUUAGGAGACAUUCACGAAGAGAAUCCGGGUCGCCCUGCUGGUGAAAAUGUAAUCGAUGGGCGGAAAAUGUUGGGCUUUUCGCUAACAUCGCCAGAUUUGGUCAUAUGUGCGGGUUCACCUGAUAUCCCUCGCCAAAGCUUUGCUGAUUCACCUCAGUUCAUGAAGGGUGCUUCCACUGUGGUUUCCCUGGAAAAUGGAAUUAAUGGUUCUGAAAAUGAGACCCCAAAAGUUGCUGAACCUUCAUCGUUUCCACAAGGGUGUAAAGAUGGAAAUGUGUCUCCAGAAGCUGAUUUUGAACUUCCCCCUCCUCCAAUAUCUGAAGAAAUGUCACCGCAACAUUCGACACCUGUGAUGAGUAUCAAUGUUGGAUCAAAUGAUGAAAUUUUCUCUUCUCGCGGGGUAAUAUUCUUGGAGGAUAAAUACUUCGAAGGGGGUGAUAUCACAAGGACUGAGAGUGCAGUUGGGAAUGGUGAAGAUAUUAAACUUUACCAAAGUGCCCGGUUUGGAAGUUUCACAUAUACUUUUCAUGAUAUAAGGCCUGGGCUGUACAAUGUGGAUUUGCAUUUCGCUGAAAUUGUGUUCACCAAUGGCCCUUCGGGAAUGAGAGUGUUUGAUGUUUUUAUACAAGAACAAAAGGUAAUUUCCAGCUUGGACAUCUAUGCACGUGUUGGUGGUAACCGACCACUGGUUGUAUCUAACAUCAAAACAAAAGUUGAGGGUGAAGAAGGAUUGUCCAUCAGGAUGGAGGGACUUGUAGGAAAACCUAUACUUUGUGGGAUCUCUUUGAAGAAGGAUCUCUCUAUUGGCGGUGGAGAAGGUGAUCUGCUCACUGCAAUGGGAAUCUCUCACUUGGAUCAACGUGAAUCUCUGAAAGAUUUCUGUCCGAGCAGUUCAGACCAAGAGUUCGGUGACCUCCGAAUUCAAUUUGAAAGCCAAGCGAAAGAGCUUCAAGAAACAAAGCAAGCACUGCUCUCACUUCGUAAAGAGAAUGAAUUAAAGCACCAGGAGUGUCAGGAAGCAUGGAGAUCAUUGAAAGAGCUUCAAAAUGAACUCAUGAGGAAGUCCAUGCAUGUUGGAUCACUGGCUUUUGCCAUCGAAGGACAAGUGAAAGAAAAGAGUAGAUGGUUUACAACAUUGAGAGACAUGACCAGAAAGUUAAAGCUUCUAAAGAUGGAGCAAAUCGAAAUUGCAGAAGAGGCUACAUCAUUCAAGUCAGACAUGAAUGACAUAGUCUCCCUGAUUCAAUCCAAAAUGGAAGAACGCUCUGAAUGUUAUGAGGAUCUCAAGGCUAGAUUUAUUAAAAGUUCCAAGGAACGUAAAGAACUUUAUAACAAAGUCCUGGAGUUGAAAGGGAAUAUUCGGGUCUUUUGUCGGUGUAGGCCUUUAAAUAGUGCAGAGGUUGCUUUAGGAGCUUCCAUGGCAAUAGAUUUUGAAGCUGCCGAGGAGGGAGAGCUUACAGUAUUUUCUAAUGGGAUGUCUAAGAAAACCUUUAAGUUCGAUGCUGUUUUUAGCCCACAGGCAAGCCAAGAUGAUGUGUUUGAUGACACAGCACCAGUAGCAACAUCUGUUUUGGAUGGAUAUAAUGUUUGCAUAUUUGCAUACGGCCAAACUGGAACAGGAAAAACUUUUACCAUGGAAGGUACAGAUGAUGCACGUGGUGUAAAUUACAGGACACUUGAGGCAUUAUUUCACAUCAUUGAAGAGCGACGAAGCACUUUUAGAUAUGAAAUAUCAGUGAGUGUGCUUGAGGUAUAUAAUGAGCAAAUACGGGAUUUACUAGUGUCUGAUUCAGGAGUUGGGGCAAAGAGGUUGGAAAUAAAGCAAGUAGGUGACGGGAUGCAUCCAGUUCCAGGAUUGUUUGAAGCUCAGGUGAAAACUAUGAAAGAGGCAUGGGAAAUCCUACGAACCGGCAGCAAUGGACGAGCUGUUGGAUCAACCAGUGCAAAUGAGCACAGCAGUCGGUCACAUUGCCUACAUUGUGUCAUGGUGAAAGGAGAGAAUUUAUUGAAUGGAGAAUGCACUAGAAGCAAGUUAUGGCUAAUUGAUCUGGCUGGGAGUGAAAGAAUUGCCAAAACUGAAGUGCAGGGUGAAAGGCUAAGGGAGACUCAGAAUAUCAAUAAAUCACUCUCGGCACUUGGCGAUGUCAUAUCCGCCCUUGCAACUAAGAGUCCACAUAUACCUUUCAGGAACUCCAAGCUUACUCACUUGCUUCAAGAUUCUCUCGGGGGAGAUUCAAAGACAUUGAUGUUCGUACAGAUAAGUCCGAAUGAGAAUGACCUAAGUGAGACUCUCUGUUCACUAAAUUUUGCUAGCAGAGUCCGAGGGAUAGAGUUGGGCCCUGCAAAGAAGCAAGUUGAAAACAAUGAGCUGUUACGAUGCAGACAAAUGGUUGAAAAGACCAAGCUAGAUAUGAAGAACAAAGAUUUCCAAAUUAAGAAGCUAGAGGAUACUGUUCAGGGCCUAGACAUCAAGAUGAAAGAGAAAGACUUGAAAAACAAAAAUCUGCAAGAGAAGAUUAAAGAAUUGGAAUCACAGCUUCUAGUAGAGAGAAAGCUUGCAAGGCAGCAUGUUGACAAUAAAAUUGCAGAACAGCACCAGGAAAUGAAACAGCAGCAAGAUCAACACUCUCUACUUAUCAGGCCUCCACUUGCCACCAAGACAAAUAGUUAUCUCAGAACAGUUUGUGAUACAAAAGAUCAUCAAGCAAAUGUCCCUUUCCCAGUCCUUGAGUACAACUCAAAACAUCAUUCAGAUGGCUUCACUAAACAGAAUGAGCUAGGGAUGGAGAAAGAAAACAAGCCUGCGAUAACAGAUCUGCAUCCACUGCCAAGGCGGACAGGCAGAGCUUCUAUGUUGCCAGGUCCACAGCAAAUGAAGGCACAACUUCCACGACGUAGUUCCCUAAUACCGUUGCCCAGUUUACGUGCAGCUUCAACACUUUUGCCACUGGCACCAGUACAACCUAACAUGAUAGAGGAUGAUAACCCGGUUGAAUCUGGUUUCCCACUUGAACCACCCACUCCAUGGGAUAGUCCUAAAGAACAGAAAAUGGGAGCUAAGAGGCUGACCCAUAUAUGGAGAAAAAGCAUCCAAAGAAAAAUGCAGCUGAAGUCACCAAUGCAACAGCCCUUACGACGAGUUGGUAUAAAUGUGGGCAUGGAGAAAGUCAGAGUCUCGAUUGGAAGCCGGGGGAGGAUGGCUCAGAGAGUGUUAACUAAUGCUAGAAGAGCAGUAAAAGACACUCAACAAAAUCCGAGUAAGAGAGAAAAGGAAAGAGGAUGGAAUAUGGGCACUGCAACAAGAGUUGUAUCUUGA